UAUUUCCAAAGAGAUGCAAUAUUUCUUUUCCACCUAUAUAUACAACACUUUCCUCAACUUCAACCCAUCAUCAAGCCUUGAACAGAUUCAUAAGCUUUCUUAUUUGAAUUUCUUUCAUAACUAAUCUCCUCAUCUCAUCCCAACUUCAAAAAAACUUCAAACAAUGGCCAUUCGCCAGAUUCUAAGACGGUCUUUGUCCAAUGAAAGAAGGUCCGCUGAAGUUCCAAAAGGGCAUGUUGCUGUCUAUGUCGGUCAUAAUGAAAAGAAGCGCUUUGUGAUUCCAGUCGCAUACUUGAACCAUCCUUCGUUUCAAGAAUUGCUGUUUCAAGCUGAGGAGGAGUUCGGGUUCAAUCACCCGAUGGGUGGCCUCACCAUCCCUUGCAGCGAGGACUUAUUUGUAGAUUUCAUCUCCGAUUUGAGCAUGAGAUGAUUUAUAGGAAUGGUGUUUUAGGAGUAGAAUUUUGUAGAUUAGAAAAUGUAUCCACUGAGAAUACAUUAGAAUGUAUACUGAAACAUAUUAUUGAGAAACUAUUGUUUCCUGAA